UUGAAUCAGUUCAAAUUAAAUGCAACAUCGUAGAUCAUCACAAUUUCGUGCUUAAGCAAUGUGGCUAGAGAUUUUAGAAUUCGUACAGUGUAAAAAAGGUUGAAAAUAAAGAACAUUCUCAAACUUAAGUGACUUAUGAAAAUAAGCUCGAACAAAAAUGUUUAAAUAUUUUAAAUAUUUACUAUGUGCUCAAAUUGUAAUUUGUCAAAUCUAUACAGUGGUUUCGUCAAAUGAUGACUGGCUCUGUAACGACAAAGUAAAUACGACUAUAGCAGAGUCCAAAGUAUGCGACGGUUCCGUCGAUUGUAGUAAUGGACGAGACGAGACUGCACGGAUAUGUGCUGCGAAGGUUUGUAAAGAGCACGAAUACCGUUGUGCAUACGGAGCUUGUAUAAGUGCAGAACUCAAAUGUAAUAAGCAAAUUGAUUGCUACGAUCGGUCUGAUGAAACAGAGUUUCUCUGUAUGGAAAACGUAUUUGAUAAAAUUCAAGGCUCGUGUUCAGAUGAAGAGUUCCAAUGCGAUUCGGGUGAAUGUAUUGAUGUAAUGGACAUGUGUAACGGCUUCACAGAUUGCCAGGACGCGUCAGAUGAAACUGUUAAUUCCUGUGCUCACAUCGAAUGUUCAGAUGCUUCAUUUCGUUGUGCCUAUGGUGCAUGCAUUAAUUUAAAGCAGGUCGCUAAUCAAGUUUGGGACUGUGCCGAUGGCUCCGAUGAACCAGUUGUGGAUGAAGUGCUCACCGAUACAGUAAGCGAGGUGGAGAAAGAUGUAGCAAUGCCUGUUACAUGUAGCAUACCAUAUGAUAAGCCUAACUUAUUAAUCUCUUUAAAUAAAACUGGUGAAACGAAUAGGAAUUUGAGAUUAUUUGAUAAAAUAUUGCGUAACGAUACAGUGGAUUUCAAAUGUUUGCCCGGCUUUCAAUUGUUUGGUAUGCAACAAUUGAAGUGUGUGGAUAAUGAUUGGUAUCGCGAAUGGCCGCAUUGCGAAAGAACGACGCCAAUACUACCGUGUAAAGCCAGCGAAGUCGCUUGCGAAAAUGGUGAUUGCAUUGAGUCAGCAAGGAUUUGCAACGGCGUCAAAGAUUGUGCUGAUGGUUCAGAUGAGAUACUACCUAAAUGUGUGAACCUCACCUGCACGAAAAAUGAAUAUAGAUGCAAAUAUGGCGCCUGUAUUCCCGAUGGAAUGAAAUGCAAUAAAGUUAUAGACUGUGCGGACGGUUCCGAUGAAACGACUCUCUUAUGUACUCAGGAUUACAACGACUACGCCCGUUUAGUCAAAGGCAAUUGUGAAUCGGAAGAAUUAGCGCAGUGCCGUUUGGGUUCGGAUGAAUGCAUUUUAAUCGAAGAUCUUUGCAAUGGCAGAACAGAUUGCAGCGAUGGGCAUGACGAGACUGUUGAAAUGUGUGCCCAUGUCGAAUGUUCCGAUUCAUCUUUUACCUGUGCAUAUGGUGCCUGUAUACCCUAUACAGCUCUCUGCGAUGGCGAGGUAGACUGCGCUGACGGCUCGGAUGAAUACGCUGAGUUGUGUGCUUCCAUAAUAGAGGAAAAUGAGAAAUAUGAGGCAAAGUAUAAUUUCGAUGACAGUUAUGCGGCCAAUUUGGAAAAAUUCGAUGCGAUGAAAGAAAAAGAAAUCUUAGUGGAAGAAGUUGUUUUAGGGACUACGACAAGUUCAAUAUUAACUGAGAAUAAUACAACGAAUACAGAUUACUUGCCGGAAAUGAAGCCUUUCAGGAGGCCAGUAAUACUUACGGAAAAGAGUGUACCACAACGACGCUGUCUAAUACCGGCUAACCGGGUAGCUUUACGUGCAAUUAAUGCAGCUGAGAAUGUAACGCUGAAAGUAGGCAGUCAAAUUGACAAUAACACCAUUGUCAAAUUCAGUUGUGAGGACACCUGGUACUUAGUCGAUGGAGACACUGACGUGCUAUGCAUGGCUACAGGCGAAUGGUCCUCAGCCGUACCGAAAUGCGAAAAACGAUGUCCACCACUUUGGAAUGGUAUAUCUACGAAUACUACAUGCAUAUACAAAAAUGAAUUAGCCGAUUGUCAAGCUUACAGUAAGCCUGAUACAACUGCCAUUGUAACAUGUGCUGAGAGUUAUAAACAGAUCAAUAAAUGGCAAAAACUAAGUUGUGGCAUUGACGGAGAGUGGGAUAAAACGAAAUUAAAGUGCCAGCCGAAGUGUGUAAAACAAACCAAAGAAAAUCCGACAAAUAUGGCUGUGGUCGUAAAUAUUUUCAGAUUGAGUCCCGACGAAAGGAAUCCGACGCACCUCAAAUACAAAAAGGCUUGCAGUGGCACCAUACUUUCACCCAAACUUGUACUGACUCAUGAUUUAUGCCUCAACAGAAAUGACCUAAAGAAUUCAAUUGCGGGCAAUGAUCCGAUUUUAUACACCAUUCUGCCAUCGAGUAUGUCUAUCGAGAGUUUCGGUCAAUAUGAACAACUGAAUGGCCGUCAUAAUAUUUCUCAAAUUAUUCUAGCUGACGGUGGUAAUUCACCUUCAGCGCCAGCGAUUAUUGUGCUGGUCGAUUACUUUGCUCCAGCAUUGAAGCCCAUUUGUUUGAAGUUCCCACUUUCGUGUGGUAGCAAUGAAAAUGGAAAUAGCACAACAGGACUUAUUGAAGGCACCGCCAUAUUAAACAGCGACGCUUGCUUUGUCGUCGUUAGUCGAUCCCAGUUUAUAUAUAUGGAUGAAUACCAGCAGUGGCUCGAAAUUAAGAUGUCACUUCAUAAUUAUCUGUUGUAAUUAAUAUUGCAAAACAUCAAAAUGCGUUAUAUAAUUCAUAGCAUGUUUGAAAUGUGGAGAUAAAUUUACAACAUUUUAAAUUCAAAAAACCCUUUACUUUACAAUAUAUACAUCAAGCAUACAUUAAGUUAUCGGAAACUAUCAUCUAAAAAUAUCAGAUCCUCAGUGCUUGAUACCUAAGGUUUUUGCAUGAAAUUCAAGAAUGUGUUUUGCUGAUAUUAAAGCAUAUUGGUGUCAAAAAUUAAAACAACCUAAUUAAAGAAUUUUCAGAUACUUUACUCAA